UCCCCUGGUUUUACCUUUGUUUACUGUUCUUAUUCUGUGUUUUCUCGCUUUGACGAUAUCUUUAGCCCUUUAUUCCCCUGUGAAAACUAGGCGGAAUCGCCUCUUUAAUAGUGGCGCUGCUUUGUUCCUCGCUAAAGAUUUAGCCUUGGCGGCUUCUUGUUAAGGUUUCACCACCCUGCUUUGGUCUGCACUCGGAAAGGGGAAACAGGGGACUGGUCAUGAAGAAAGUUCUCACCUUGCGAGUCUUUUGGACCGACCAAGACGCCACGGACUCCUCCGGCGACGAAGAGCAGUGUGGCUGCUCUGGUGGCCGUCGGGUUGUUAAGGAGGUCGCUUUUGAGUACUGCCAGGAGGCGGAGAGGAAGAAGGGAGGGAGAAGGAGGAGGAAGCUGGUGGGUGAUGAGCGUCGCGGGACUGGCGGCGCGAGCACCAAGUUCCGAGGCGUGAGACGGCGGCCGUGGGGGAAGUACGGGGCGGAGAUCCGAGACCCAUCGCGCGGCGUCCGCGUGUGGCUCGGCACCUUCGACACCGCCGAGGAGGCUGCCUUGGUCUACGACUCAGCCGCGAUACAACUCCGCGGCCCCGGCGCCUCCACUAACUUCUCCUCUUUCUCCACCGCUGCCGCCGCGGCGCGCCCUGCUGCCCUAGAGGAGACCAUUCUCGCCUCCGCCUUCACUGCCUACGACUCCGGCGACGACUCCCACGCCCUCUCCUCCCCGACCUCAGUUCUCCGUCCAUUCUCCUCCUGCUCCGACAAAGAAACCCUCUCAGAAGGCCACGGUUUCUUUGCGCCGGAGUGCUCACCGGCGGAGCUCCUACCAACACCAUUCGACGACGUGCCGUUAUAUAACGAUUUAUCAGGUUCAGCGCUAUGGGAGUCUACGCAGCCGAGCCUCUUCGAGGAUGGUACAACGACGGCCCAGUACUUCCGGGCGAACCAUUCGCCGGCGCGGGAAGAGAACGAUUACUUCCACGAUAUCGGCGAUCUCUUCCCGCUCGAACCGCUGCCCGCUAUAUUCUAAAUUAAAUCCAUCGUAACUCCGCUACUUUGCGCCGUUCUGUUGUUGGAGGC